AUGCUCACGCCGUCGGCGCGGCCUAAUUUCUGCAUGCUGAUGAUCGAUGGCAACGUGUUCCUUUCAAGAACCCUUCGCGAACUGUGCUCGAGGUUUCACUCUUCCAACCUCGUCCCGGUGGAGUGCCCAAUCGUUGUGGCGGAGAGCGAUUCGGGCGUGUACGGAGCAGGAGUUUCCGGUGAAGGUAACCACUCGACUUACGAAGGCCGGGACAUCGAGCUCGAUCCCCCACCACCCACCACGUGCGUGCUCACCGUUGCAUACAUCCCACCGGAGGGGGGGAGCGACGGCGGCCUACCGCAGCCUCGAGUUAAGACCUUCAUCGCCAGCCACAAUUUCCAGAACACACGGAAUGACGGCCCGUCCGUCGACGGUGUCGCACCCGUUUUCACGGAGUGCGCUCCCGCCGUUACCUUCGGAACCAAACUGGCAGCAGUGAACGGGGAGAACAAGCCUGGCGGCACUUCUAGCUCGGCGUCUGGCACUAAUCUCACUGAACCCGCGGGGUCAAGCGGGCCACCCCAGCCGGUGAGGAGGUCGAGCCGGGCGACGACCGUGGCUAAUUCGAAGGUGGCAUCGCAGCGCGUGUACCCGAAGCUAACACCGCCAUCAUCCAGCGUCCCGCUAGAGGACGCUGACACCGUUUUUCUCGUGGGCGAUCACCACCCGCUGUUGAUGGCGAGAACGGCGGACUGGCUCCAGAAGUUGCUUGGGGAAGAUACGGUGGUCCUUGGUGGCAGCACGACAUGCGCUUUGUGUAUUGGCAGCCAGAUGUUUCCCGAUCCCGAAGAGAAGGUCAGAAAUUACUCGCGACCAAGCAUCCAAGCUCGCGUUGUGGUCGGCGUCGCUCUGCGAGGAGUACACGCCCUGGCGAUUUCAGCGAAAGGCUACGAAGGUGUCGGGCCUGUAUUUAAGAUAGACACCACGGCUGACCCUCAAGGAGGCCCACAGGCAGAGAAGGGCGAGGUGCGGAAGAGGAGGGUUAAUUUGGGCACCACCGUCGGUACGAUCAGAAUUGUAGUCGGGUGUGACGGGAUUUAUUCGGCGACGGGAUGUCCUGGCUGACCUUGACACCGAGAUGUCCAACAUUUAUCGUCUUUUUCACACGCGUAAACCGAGAAAUAUGUGAAGGUCCCAGAUCCCCGCCAAACGAGACUAGACCUCUCUCUGGGUAUUCGCAUACGUCCACCACCACGUCUCCUUCGAGCAAAGAGAGAAAACAAGAACCUGAGUUGAGACUUGAAUCACCCACGGAGUGAGCACUAGCCACAGAUACCAGCAGACGAGCGGAUGGAUCCAUGGGAUCGGCUACAUUUCUG